AUGAGGAGCAGCGAGGCCAUGGAGCUCCUGGGCUUCCCUCCCUACUCCCGCCCAUCCCCUUCCGAGGUGAAGGCUGCGUAUAGAAGAAUGGUGAUGGAGUCCCAUCCUGAUCGCGUCCCAACGCAUCUGAAAUCGCAGGCUGAGUCAAAAUUCAAGGAGAUAGCAGAAGCAUAUUCUUGUUUGAAGGAUGGAAGAAGAUCAGGGAGUAGGAUGGAAGGCCCGAGCGUUCCUCCAGAGGCAUCAAGAAGGCUAAACCAUGCUGCUUCAACCGCGUCCUCCCGUGCGUUGCCAUGGCUCAUGGAGGAAGAAAGGCAAGAAAAAGACCAAACCACGCUAGCACUGCCUCUGGGCGACCUCGAUUUCUCCAGGUGCAGUCUAGGUCCACGGCCAGUUCCUGCCGCCGGCUUACAGCUUCCGCCUCCACCUGACACCCGCCUUAAUGGCCCGCAUUCUGACUACUCGCGCCUUUCUUGCUGCCAUGAUCUGAACCAGACGAGCUCCACCUCUCAGGCUGUUACCGCCAUGGGCACGCCGGCCACCUGUUCGACAAAAUGCAGCAGCUGCGGAAGCAGUGGUGUUGGUCUUACUGCUACAACCCGGAAAGAUCCAGCUAUAAAUGAUUUUGCCCUAAAGGCCAGGUCGAGCACUGUUAAGAGUAAGACUAAUCCUAUUAAUGUGUAUCCAAUUAAAUUGGAAGUUGACUCCAAUGAUUCUUUCUGUGUAUCCAGUUAUCAGGUUCUGUUGACGUUUAUCUAA